GGCUGCGCCCGGCGGCGGCGACGUCUCCCCGCUGCGCGCGCAGCUCGGGGCGUGUCAUGUGACCGUCCAAGAUGGCUGCGCCCGGCGACGACGACAACAAGGACGACUGGUCGUCGGCCGCCUACCUGGUGGUGAGCGGGAUCCCCGGCGCCCUGCGCUCCGCCCAGCUGCGCGAUUACUUCAGCCAGUUCCGGGAGCAGGGCGGAGGCGGCUUCCUCUGCUUCCACUACCGGCACCGGCCCGAGCGGGGACCGGGUCCCGGCCCGGGCCCCGCCCCCGGCCCCGCCACCUGCUGCUGCGUGGUGGCCGUGCGGGAGGCCCAGGCCGGCCGCCUGCUCCGCAUGUACUCCGCACGACCCUGGCACGACGCCCACGGCAACCGCCUGCCCGGACGCUGCCUCAUCCGGAGGCUCCGGGACCCCGCACAGGCGGCAGGUCUGGCGGCCUUCCCGUACCGGACCCGGCCGGAGCCGCGGGGCGGGCAGCCCCCCCGACGGACGUUCACCCUGGCGGACCUGCGCCGGCUGCCGGAGCUGAACCCGCCCGCGCCGAUGCCCAACGGGAACGUGGGCACGCCCCUGCGGGUCUUCCUGGACCUGAUCCGGGCCUGCCGGCUCCCCCCGCGCGUCAUCACGAAGCUGCGGCUGACCUUCCCCAAGACCGGCUCCUCCCGCCGCUACGGCAACGUGCCGUUCCGCUACCGGGACGCGGAGACGGCGGAGCGGGAGGAGAUCCCGGAGUCCGGCCCGGGCGGCGACGGGGACCAGCCCGGCCCGGGGGGCGAGGCCGAGACCUCCGGCUCGGAUGAGGACGACGACCGGGGCGAGGAGUGGGAGCGGCACGAAGCCCUGCACGAGGACGUGACGGCCCAGGAGCGCUCGGCCCCGAGGCUCUUUGAGGAGGAGAUAGAGCUCCAGUGGGAGAAGGGCGGCCCGGGACUAGUCUUCUACACGGACGCCCAGUACUGGCGCCAGGAGGACGGAGACUUCGACGAGCGGACGGCCGACGACUGGGACGUGGACGUGAGCGUCUACUACGACAGAGAUGGAGGGGACAAGGACGCACGGGACUCGGUCCAGAUGCGCUGGGAGCAGAGGCUCCGGGCCGGCGAGGAGGAUGGGUCGGUGGCCGGACGCCAGCUUGGCACCUUCGAGCGCCAUACCAAGGGAAUCGGGCGGAGGCUGAUGGAGCGGCAGGGCUGGGCGGAGGGCCAGGGCCUGGGCAGCACCAACCUGGGGAGACCCGAGGCCCUGGACGGCGACGGCCAGGACCCCAGAUGCAAGCGGGGACUGGGGUACCACGGGGAGAAGCUGCAGCCGUUCCGGGCGCCCAAGAGGCCCCGCGGGGACGCCCUGGGACUCAUCUCCACCAUCUACGACGAACCGCGGGCCCAGGACCAGGGUGACCGACUGCUCCGGCGCCAACCGCCCACCAGCAUGAAGUACCGGGCCCCCGCCGUGCCCUUCGUGCCCGCCUCCGACCGCUCCUGAGCUCCUCGAGGGGCUCCCACGUAGCCCCCCGGCCUCACCCCUGGGGACGCUUACUCCACUGCCAGUCUGGCCCACCCAGGCCUCACGCUGUUCCUCGGGCCCGGGUUUAUUUACUUUCUACAGAGCAGUACUUUUAUAACAAUAAUCACCAUUUUUUCAAAA